AUGAUUAGGCAAAUACUGGUACAUCCCAAAGAUGCGGAUUGGCAGCGAAUUCUCUGGCGAAAGGAUAGCAAUCAGCCGUCGAAGGACUACAGAUGUACCACGGCGACGUACGGCACUGCGUCGGCUCCAUUUUUAGCUCUUCGCGUGAUGAAGCAGCUGGCCAUCGAUGGAGCUGCCGACUAUCCAGAUGCCACUGCAAUCCUGCAACAUACGCUCUAUGUUGAUGAUCUCUUCACCGGAGCAGACACGGUUGAAGAGGCGCUGCGACGACGUGACCAGCUGAUUGUUCUGUUAGGGACUGCUGGUAUGGCCCUUAGCAAAUGGGCAGCGAAUAAACCACAGCUGCUAUCAGGUUUAAUUUCAACGUCUACGGGUGUGGUGAAUGUAAAAGCAGACGAGGUAAUAUCUUCUCUUGGCCUUAAGUGGCUCCCCCAAGAAAAUAAAUUCAUGUUUUCGGUCACCGAAACGCACUCACCAUGCGAAGUAACAAAACGCUUAAUCUUGUCUGAUAUUGCUCGUUUGUUCGACCCUCUAGGAUGGCUAGCACCAAUGAUUGUCGUUGCCAAAAUCAUUAUGCAAGAUUUGUGGAUCGAUAAGGUGGACUGGGACGCGCCUACAACACAGUCUCUGCAAGCUCGAUGGUUGCAAUUCCGAGCCAAUCUUUCAGACGUACCAAGGAUCCGAAUUCUAAGGUGGAUAAACAUAAAGGAGAAUGACGACUGGCAGCUGCAUGGAUUCGCCGAUGCCUCACAAAGAGCUUAUGCUGCAGCAGUUUACUUAGUGGUGCCUGGGUCUACGCCUAUGCUGCUUGUAGCGAAAACCAAGGUCGCGCCUACGAAGGUGCAGUCGCUGCCAAGGCUGGAGCUCUGUGCUGCUACACUGCUAUCUCGACUGACGUCAUAUCUCCUCAAUUCAUUGCAUCGUCCACCGACAGCGAACCACUGCUAG